UGGUUUUAACCAUGCCGGUGUUGUACGCGGUCCACUUCUGUUGCUUCCGGUGUCUGCGCUUCGUGAAACCCCGGGUUUCCACCGAAUUGCAGCAGGCCUGGGAAUACCAAAUGCAAAUAUGUCUGGGUCUGGAAGGAUGCAACUUGUGAUGCUGACCUUGGAUUCUACAAAAAUCUGUAUUGCAUGAACAGCAAAAGCGGUCCAGUUUUUGUCACGGCGAGAGAGCAUUUCUCCUGCGGUAUGGGAAACAGGAAGCCCUCACAAAAUCUGCGAUGCUAGGGCAUGCAUCACAGACAUCAGAAGUCAUGCAAAAUGUGCAUGACAGACCUCGCGUCAAUCUUCCAGACCCAGACAUAUUUGCAUUUGAUAGGGACCAAGCGAAAUUGCAGUGGGAACGGCAGAGUGGAGGAACGUCUGUCACUUCUUCCGGGAACGCAAGUAGUCGGGCCAGAGCGGCAAGCGCAUCCGCCGUGGUGACCUCCGCAGCGACUGCUGGAGCGGGCACUGGAGGGGGAGCGAGACUUGCGACUUCAGGCACUGCUACGACAACAUCAGCCGCAACAACGUCAACCGCCGGGCGGGGACAAAACGCAACAAGCAACACUUCCUCGUCAUCUGUCAGCUACUACAACGGCCAACUCUUCAUUCCGCUGACCGGAGGAGGAUCUUCAACCUCUUCUCCAAACGGCAGCACGUCUGCCACCAAUAACAGACAACUCACGAUUGAGAUCGAGCCCAAUACCGAGAUCCGGGGCUGGAAAAACGAAAUCAACAGGAAAAUUGACGACUUGAAGCAGGAAGUCGCGAAGCUGACGCACCGAAUGCUGUUGCAGCAAUCCGAGUAAGCAAUGCAACAGCAUCGUACUAGUAUAGAUUGCAUUUAAUGCAAUCUUAUGCUGAGGAAAUUUGUAAUACAAAUUUCCUCAGCAUAAGAUGCGGAUAUAGCUUGAGAAGGAAAUUUGUAAUGCAUGAGUGCGAUCAACAUUACUACGAGUACGAUACUUUUGCACAGGAUACCGAGGUGCUGUAUGAGGAAAUCGAGGUGAUGGCUGGGGGGCGGGAUGGAGGUGCAGCUGCGGUUCUGGCGGACCAAGAUAGCGAGUUUGUCGACGUUUCGGAGCGGACGCCCGCUUCUUCGCGGGAGGGCGAGAUUGGAGCUGAGAGGGAACAACAAGGCGAAACAACUACUACACACGACGAAGAUGCAAUAUUGGCCACUACCGCCAGUGGUGAAGUUACAACUUCAAGACGAGAACAUCAACAUCAUCUGCAGUCGCGUGUGGUCGGCGCUGAAGUGGGUACUAGUUCGCUGUCCCCGAUGAACCUGGCCGACGAGGAGAAUUACAACAACAAUCCCUACACUAUGGGAUCGUCAAAUGACGUCGCCUUCUCAAUUGUUACAUGAAUUUGUGAUGCAAAAGCACCAUCAGCAUCGACGCGACCAAUGACUACUUCGCAUGACAAAUCCUCGAAGGGGGCUUAAACAGCAUGGAGAUCUGUGGUGCCAUCACAUUUGUAAUGCCAGAAAUGCAACUGCAAGCUCCCCCCUUGCGCUUUUGCAUCAGAAAUUAAUGUGGCAGUUGAGUUCGUAACGCUUGAGAAUUCCAUAUACACCUUCCGGUGCGUCGCCUGCCUGUCCGACCGUCCCUGUGUGCUUUUCAAGGAGUGCCGACACCUGGCGCUGUGUGCGCAUUGCGACGACCGGAUGGAGGCAGAGCAGGAUAUGCCGUGUGAAAGAAUUCGUACUGGUAGUAUUAAAAUUGCACGACAGUUGUAUCAAGUAUCAUUCUUGUUUGGCAUGAGUAUGAGAAAUCAAAUUUGUCAUGCUAUCGUUGGCAGGCUGCGACCACAAGAUCUAUCGUGCAUCUUGAUUCAUUGCAAUUAUUAGUACUGUAAGUACAUCAGUAAUUUAGCAAUGCAUACAGAAUGAUCCGAACCAGAAAUGCCCGCUGUGCCGGAAACAAGGAACAAGAUUUCGGGUUUUUUACGGCUGAUUUUGAUCCGGGGGGUGCAACACGAGAUCAUGAUGGAGCACGCUAUUGUAUCGAUGACUGUGGCGUCUACAACGCGUCGAGCACAAGUGUUUACGUGACUUUGUCGUCGACAAGCUGUCCUCAGGGCCACGGUCUGACAACAGGAACAGAAACAAACGCUGAUCAUCUUCUGAUGCAACAAUAAAGGGACAUCAUAGACGGAAGAACCGAAAAAUCCUCAUGUUGCACACACAACUUUUUCAAUUGUCUACAAUUAUCGCAUGACCGACAAAGGUAUGGCCAAGAUUCGUCGAACAUGCUUGUUGCUUAUGUUGAUUUUUUCAGUAUUUUUUCACUUUCAUCAUGUAGUAAGAAUGCACAGAGAACAAAACUAUGAUGAGCUAGGGCUAGUGUGGUCAAGAAGUUGCGUGAUAUACAGGCGUCAAGUCAUCUAAAAUACUCGACCUCAACCGCCGUUCGAUGUUGAUUUCAACAGUCGUAAGUAGCGGAAGUAGCUGAGUUUUGCCAUCGUCACGAUGAAGACAGACUGCGUCCAUUCGUCGUGGUGGUAGCUCCCUUGAGUGUGUGCCCGGAGCUGCGUACCAAAAACAAGUCGUGACACACUUGGAAGUCGUCUCGCAUCGUCGGUCUUCAUUCAUUUUCGCGAAGCGUUAGAUGUAGUGGCCUUAUCUUUUGAAG